AUGUCAGAGGUUGUCCAUAUCAUCGAUGCUGAGAGCGGUAAUCUACGCUCUCUGCAAAACGCCAUUGAGUUCCUCGGUUAUGAGACAAAGCUCAUCAAGGACGCUACAGAUCCGGAGCUGGCUAAGGCUACGAAGCUGUUCUUGCCAGGUGUCGGCUCGUACGCGCAUUUUGUGAAGCUGUUGUUCACCAAGGGCUUUGAGAAGCCUAUCAGAGAUCAUAUUGCUGCUGGCAAGCCGAUUAUGGGUGUUUGUGUUGGUCUACAGGCCCUCUUCAACGGUAGUGAGGAGAGCCCUGGUGUUGAAGGGUUGAAGUACAUCGACCUUGAGCUAAAGAAGUUCGAUGCCACCACGAAGAGUGUUCCAGAGAUUGGCUGGAACACUCUGGAGAUUGUGGGAGACCAGUCCUUCUACGACUUGAAUCCAAAUAACCGUUACUACUACGUCCACUCGUAUGCUGCCAUUGUGACUGACGAACAGGUGAGAACACUGGAGGCUGAAGGAUGGGAACUGGCAUUGACACAGUACGGUGAUGAGAGAUUCAUCGGCGCUGUAUCCAGAGACAACGUCUUUGCCACCCAAUUCCACCCAGAGAAAUCGGGCAUUGCUGGUCUCAAGGUCAUCAAGGCAUUCCUCGAAGGUAAGAAGCAUACUCCAUUGCCAGAUGUGAUACAAAAGAGAGAUCCUUCAAAUAACGGGCUGACAAGAAGAAUCAUUGCCUGUUUGGAUGUGAGAACCAAUGACAAUGGCGACCUGGUUGUGACAAAGGGUGAUCAGUAUGACGUUCGUGAGAAGGAUGAACAAGGUGGUGACGUGAGAAACUUGGGAAAGCCCGUUGAAUUGGCUCAGAAGUACUAUGACCAAGGUGCUGACGAGGUGACUUUCUUGAACAUCACCUCAUUCAGAAACUCCCCAAUCAGAGACGCUCCAAUGCUUGAAGUGUUGAAGAGAGCUGCACGCACCAUCUUUGUUCCACUAACAGUCGGUGGUGGUAUCAAGGAUGUUGUUGACCCUGAUGGCACUAAAGUCCCAGCUUUAGAGGUUGCAGGCCUAUAUUUCAGAUCUGGUGCUGAUAAGGUGUCUAUUGGUACUGAUGCUGUCAAUGCUGCUUUGAAAUACUAUGCUAAUGGUAACAAAGGCGACGGUUCCUCACCAAUCGAGACUAUCUCCAAGGCAUACGGUGCACAAGCAGUCGUCAUCUCUGUAGAUCCUAAGAGAGUCUACGUGAAGGAUCCACAAGAGACAAAGAAUAAGACCAUCAAGACCUCGUUCCCAGGGCCAAACGGCGAGGAGUUCGUCUGGUACGCUACAACGGUCAAAGGUGGCCGUGAGACUACAGACUUGGGUGCUUACGAACUCGCACAAGCUACAGAGGCUCUCGGUGCCGGUGAAAUCCUGUUGAACUGUAUCGACAAGGAUGGCUCCAACUCUGGCUAUGAUUUGGAGCUGAUCAACCAUAUCAAAUCUGCCGUUUCUAUCCCUGUGAUAGCUUCAAGUGGUGCAGGUAAGCCUGAGCACUUUGCCGAAGUGUUCGAGAAGACAACCACUGACGCAGCUUUGGGUGCUGGUAUGUUCCAUAGAAACGAGUACACCGUGGAUCAAGUCAAGCUACACCUCGCAGACGUUGGUCUUCAAACGAGAAUUGAUAGAGAACAGUUGUAA